GCUAUGGUUUUUUCUCGUGUUCUUUUCAGAUUUGGACAAGGGUAAAAGACGAUUGGAAACCAAGCCAUCGGCGACGGGUGCCUAUUAUUGGCCAAUUUUUUUAAUAUUGAAGGCAAUAAAUGCCAAGACCAAACAUUUGUCGUUUAAUAAUUGCUCAUUAUUCAAACAUUGGAUGUUUUUAAAUGCUAACUUAUCUUAUACUCCUACCAUGAAUCAAAUUAAUUCUUCCCAAUCAAUAAAAGACUUCCUCAUUUUUCACCGUACAGUGGGCUAUAAAAGGCAACCGUGAUGCAGAACAGAAACAGAAUACAAUAGUAUACAUCAUCUCAGCAAUACAGUUGUCAAAAACCGUGACAACAUCUCGUUGAUCAGCAUGGAGGCCAAGCUCGUACUGAUCCUUGCAGCCUGUAUCUUGCUUUCCUUCAUCAGCAACAAAGGCCAUGCGCAGCCGUGCGCACCGUCGGAUCUCCUCGUCAACCACACCACCAUGCCGGGGAAGGUCGGAGGGCGCCCGCACUACCUGGUGACGGUGGAGAACAGGUGCGUCUGCACGCAGCUCGGCGUGAAGCUGGCGUGCGCGGGGCUCAACUCCACCGUCAGCGUCGACCCGGCCGGCGUGGUCGUGCCGACCGGGGACGACGGCGCGCUCUGCACUCUCAACGGCGGUCAGCCGAUGCAUGCGAACGAGACGGUCUUGUUCGUGUACGCUUCGAGCAUGGAAAUCAGCUUCAGGCCCGUCUCGUCGUUCCUCGACUGCUCCAUAGCCCCCUCGCCGGCUCCGCAGGCUGCACCCUGA